AUGGGCCAGUGCUACGGCAAGACUAUUCCGACGACUGAAAAUGAGCCGAACGCAACCACCGUAACCACCGUCGCCACCACCGUAACCACCAUCACAACCUCCGUGCACCAACCUCAAAGUACACCGCAGAACGGCGUCGUCAGCGUGAAAAACACGCCGGCCCGGUCGUCGAACCCUAGCCCGUGGCCAAGCCCCUACCCGCACGGCGUAUCGGCUAGCCCCUUGCCAGCGGGAGUAUCGCCGUCACCGGCGAGGUCGUCGACUCCGGGGAGGUUUUUCCGGCGGAGGUUUGCGCCUCCUUCUCCGGCGAAGCAUAUAAAGGCGUCUCUAGCCAAGCGGUUCGGUAAGCCCAAGGAGAGCCCGAUUCCCGAGGAGCACGGAGUUGAACCGGAACAGUUGCUGGACAAGAGUUUCGGGUAUGGGAAGAAUUUUGGAGCUAAGUAUGAGCUAGGGAAGGAGGUGGGGCGAGGGCAUUUUGGUCAUACUUGCUCUGGUAGAGGCAAAAAGGGCGAGCUCAAGGACCAGCCUGUGGCUGUUAAGAUCAUUUCCAAAGCCAAGAUGACGACAGCAAUAUCGAUUGAAGAUGUUCGUAGAGAGGUGAAGAUAUUGAAAGCUCUAUCUGGGCAUAAGCAUCUUGUAAAAUUUUAUGAUGCAUGUGAAGACGCCAAUAAUGUUUACAUAGUCAUGGAAUUGUGUGAAGGUGGGGAACUUCUUGACAGAAUUUUAUCUAGAGGUGGAAGAUAUGCGGAGGAAGAUGCAAAACAUAUAGUUGUGCAGAUCUUAAGUGUUGUUGCAUUUUGUCAUCUUCAAGGCGUUGUGCACCGUGACUUAAAGCCAGAGAAUUUCCUUUUCGCUUCUAGAAGUGAAGAUGCUGAUAUGAAGCUUAUUGAUUUUGGUCUUUCUGACUUUAUCAGACCAGAGGAAAGACUUAAUGAUAUUGUUGGAAGUGCAUACUAUGUUGCACCUGAAGUCCUCCAUAGAUCUUAUAGCCUUGAGGGAGAUAUAUGGAGCAUUGGUGUUAUCACUUAUAUCCUGCUAUGCGGAAGCCGACCUUUCUGGGCACGAACGGAAUCUGGAAUUUUCCGUGCAGUGCUAAGAGCCGAUCCGAGUUUUGAUGAUUUACCCUGGCCUUCUAUGUCUCUAGAGGCCAAGGACUUCGUAAGAAGGCUUUUGAAUAAGGACUACAGGAAAAGAAUGACUGCUGUCCAGGCUUUAGCUCACCCAUGGUUGCGAAAUGAUAGUCGUCCCCUUCCUUUAGAUAUAUUGAUCUACAAAUUGGUCAAAUCAUAUCUCCAUGCUACGCCCUUCAAACGUGCAACACUUAAGUCUCUUUCGAAAGCCCUGACAGAGGAUGAGCUGAUAUAUCUUAGAGCCCAAUUCAUGCUUUUGGAACCAGAUAACGAUGAACGUGUCUCUCUUCUUAAUUUCAAAACGGCUCUUCAAAGAAAUUCAACUGAGGCGAUGAGGGAGUCGAGGGUUGUUGAUAUACUAAAUGCUAUGGAGCCACUUGCUUAUAGAGCGAUGGACUUCGAAGAAUUUUGUGCAGCCGCAAUCAGUACGCAUCAAUUGGAGGCCCUUGAAGGUUGGGAGCAGAUAGCCUCUACCGCUUUUGAGCAUUUUGAACGCGAGGGUAACCGAGUCAUAUCAAUCGAAGAAUUGGCCAGAGAAUUAAAUCUUGGCCCUUCUGCCUACUCUGUCCUCAGAGAUUGGAUCAGAAACGCAGAUGGAAAGCUUAGUUUCCUUGGAUAUACAAAAUUUUUGCAUGGUGUGACGAAAUCUUAUGACUUUGGUGGUGAUGGUGUUGCUUUCGGUGGAGCUGGUGCCGGUGUUGCCUUUGGUGGCGAUGGUACUGGCGUGGCCUUCCUUGUUCGAGCACUGUUGCUUCAACAACAUCUGGAAGAAGUGGUUGUUGAACUGGCUGAACACAGUAGAGGCACAAUCAUCAUCAGCUUCUACAAUGGCCUUACAGCAAUCUUCCGCAAUGGCAACCUUCCGUAUCCAAAAAGAUACGAGAAUCUCACGGUAGCACGUUCCUGGAGCAGUGCGGUAAGCUCCAAUGCACUUUUGAAGCUUGCUAGGGUCAGGGUGUCACCAUGGGGAGCCUUUGGAUGGCGAGGGUAG